AUGGAUCUUCAAACAAGCUACAACAAAAAGCUGCUUUCACUUCUGUAUCUUACACUGCACAGCUUAAUAUGGAGGACUUCACUGACCAUCUCUGUACAGCAGGGGCAAAAUGUUACACUGAGCUGCCCACUGAUGCCCAACAGCAGCGAGGGGGUUUUGAGCUGGUAUAAACAGACUGCUGGACAGGGGUUACGAAUAAUCCUCUCCUACAACAUCACCAACACUUCAAAUGUUCGCUAUGGCAUGGGAAUGGACCAGAGCAGAUAUGCCAUCUUAACCAGCGAAGGCUUAAACCCAAGUCACUUUCUGCAAAUCAUCACAACUUUGAGGAAUGACACUGGUACCUAUUACUGUGGAUUUUCAGACAAACAACAGAUGCAUAUGUUGGACAAAAAGAAUGUAGAUGCUUAA